AGAGGUCGUGUCUGAAGAGGGGACCUGUGCGACUGUCUACCAGGCAUGGAACCAAAGCGCAUCAGGGAGGGCUACCUUGUGAAGAAGGGAAGUGUGUUUAACACCUGGAAACCCAUGUGGGUUGUACUGCUAGAAGAUGGGAUUGAGUUUUAUAAGAAGAAAAGUGACAACAACCCCAAGGGGAUGAUCCCGCUGAAAGGAAGUACUCUAACCAGCCCCUGUCAAGACUUUGGCAAACGGAUGUUCGUGUUAAAAAUCACUACAACCAAACAGCACGACCACUUCUUCCAGGCAGCCUACCUGGAGGAGAGAGAUGCUUGGGUUCGGGACAUCAAGAAAGCCAUUAAAUGCAUUGAAGGAGGCCAGAAGUUUGCAAGAAAAUCCACAAGGAGGUCCAUUCGUCUGCCAGAGACAAUUGACUUGGGGGCUUUGUAUCUGUCUAUGAAAGACCCCGAGAAAGGAAUCAAGGAACUGAAUCUGGAGAAGGACAAGAAGGUUUUUAAUCACUGCUUCACAGGUAAUGGUGUCAUUGACUGGCUGGUUUCUAACAAGCUAGUUCGGAACCGCCAGGAAGGCCUCAUGAUCUCCGCCUCCCUGCUCAGUGAAGGGUACCUGCAGCCUGCUAGCGAUCUGUCCAAGAACGCAGCAGAUGGAAUAGCUGAAAACCCUUUCCUGGACAACCCUGAUGCCUUCUACUACUUCCCAGACAGUGGAUUCUUCUGUGAGGAGAACUCCAGUGACGACGACAUCAUUCUGAAAGAAGAAUUCAGAGGCAUCAUCAUUAAGCAGGGAUGUUUACUGAAGCAGGGGCACCGGAGGAAAAACUGGAAAGUGAGGAAGUUCAUUCUGAGAGAAGACCCAGCCUACUUGCACUACUAUGACCCUGCUGGGGGUGAAGAUCCCCUGGGAGCAAUCCAUUUGAGAGGCUGUGUGGUGACUUCCGCAGAGAGCAGCCCUGAUGGUAAGAAGAGUGAUGAGGAGAACCUCUUUGAGAUCAUCACAGCAGAUGAAGUUCACUAUUACAUGCAGGCAGCCACUGCCAAGGAGCGUACUGAGUGGAUAAAAGCCAUCCAGGUGGCCUCACGGACUGGGAAGUAA